AUGCCUUCUGAGUCCACCCGCAGCGAUCCCCCCGGAUCCACCCGCAACUACGGAGAGUUCUUCUCCUGGUUUGAUACUGUCUACGGUGAGGACAAGCCCGGAGACUCCAUCAACGAGAUCAACGGUCAGUCCGCCGACAUCAACAAGGGUUUCGGCGGCGAGUACGUCUGGCUCAUCCCCAGGCGCGCUCCCAGACCCAAAAUGAUGGUCGACAAUUUCUGGACCGACAUCCGCGGCAGCGCCGACGGCAACCGCAAUGAUGACCUGGCCAAGGGUGCCGGCGGCGACUACCGCUACUUCUCGUGGUCCAACAAUAUGGAUGCCACUAACUUCGUUACCGAUGUUGCUCUCUGGAGAACCGGUGAUGAGCAGGGAAGCCCUCCCGGUGGCUGGGACCGCAUGUCGGGUGACAUCAACAAGGGUCGUGGCGGCGAUUACUUGUAUCUCGUCUGGCGUACAAAGCAGUACUGCGGACCCAAGGAUUUCUAA